GAGAAGCAGGCACAAGUGAGGAAGUGAAGAUAGCUAACUUUCGUUUCCUCCACGAAACUUUUUAUUUAUACUGCACCUAAUAUAAGAAAGGAGAAGUAACGACAACAGGGUCUGAAAGGGACACAGGGGCGGGGAUGUCCGUGUGUCUCUGUCCCCGUCUUCAUUCUGCUUCAGCCCCGCUCCACUGACACGAUGGAGGCAACUGGCGAUGAAGCUUUGAUCCCUCAUGAUGAUCAGUUUGUUGUGCCUCCAAAUGGCAACGUGAACGAAAUGCUCAAUGUGGACCACGAAGACAACAUGCAGGGCCAGAUGGAGGAGUUUUUGGGCCCACAGGCAGAUUACAACGAGGAGGAGGAGGAGAAGAAAUACUAUCGAAGGAAGAGGCUGGGAAUCAUCAAGAAUGUUGUUGCAGCCAGUAUUGGAGCCAUGAUUGUGUACAGUGUGUACAUGGGCCUCCUGCAGAUGCAGUUGAUCCUCCACUACGAUACGACCUACCGUGAGGUAAAGUACAGCAACCUCGGCCUGCAGGACAUCGACCAGAAGAUGCUGAUGGGGAUUAAUGUCACACCGAUCAUAGGCCUCCUGUACACGCCUCUCCUCAUCAGGUUUCUAGGUACCAAGUGGAUGAUGUUCCUGGCUUCGGGGAUCUACGCUCUCUUCGUCUCUACAAAUUAUUGGGAGCGUUACUACACCCUCGUUCCAUCGGCUGUGGCCAUCGGUGUGGCCAUUGUGCCCCUGUGGGCCUCCUUGGGAAAUUAUAUCACACGGAUGGCACAGCAGUACUAUGAAUGCGUCAACUAUAAGGAGGAGCACGUGCAGGAGCAGAAGAAGCUCCCAAAGGGAGCGUGCCACAGCUAUAUCAUCGUCUUCCAGUCGGUCUUUAACAUCAUUUUCAAUCUGAGUUUUGUCUUCGCCGAGUUCCCCAUGGCCUUCGUCCUCAACAGCGCUUACCUCCAUGAUAACUCCCACGUCCUCGCCCAAGUGAAACACUGCGGUGCUAAAGUCACCGGAUUGAUCCCCGGCUUCAACAACACCGUGCUGAAAAAACUGCCAAGCUCCAUGCUGCUCAUCCAAGUGGAGAGCGUGCUCAUGGGCUUCGCCUUCCUCUCCAUGAUCAUUUUCCUCGGGCUGUGUGGGGCCGCCUACCGCCCAACAGAAGAGAUCGACCUUCGCAGUAUAGGCUGGGGAAACAUCUUUCAGCUGCCUUUCAAACACCUGAGGGACUACCGCCUGCGGCUGCUCUGCCCCUUCUUCAUCUACAGUGGAUUCGAGACACUGUUUGCCAUCUCUGGAUUCACCCUGUCUUACGGUGUAUGUGCUUUGGGUCUAAAUAAACUGUGGCUUCUCAUCGUCGUCUACGGCCUCUCCGCCUCCAUCUUUUCCUCCCUUAGCCUUUCCCUCUUACGGCUUCCACGCUGGGUGUGUCUCAUCAGUGGUGCUUUUGUGCAUGGAGUGCUUGUGGUGGUUCUCAUGGCAUUUUCUCCAGAGCCGAAUCGCUUCAAGUAUGAGGGCCCUCUACUAGUGAUCUCUGCGCUAUGGGGACUCGGCACCGCCCUGAACAAGACAGGCGUCAGCACCCUACUCGGAAUGCUGUACGCUGAAGAAAAGGAACGCCUGGACUUUGUCUACACCAUCUAUCACUGGUGGCAGGCAAUCGCCAUCUUUAUAGUCUACCUUUGGUAUGGUCUUCCUAUGAGGGCAAAACUUUCCAUACUACUAGUCACUUUGUUGCUGGCUUGCUGUUGCUAUUGGGUGAUGGAGCGGCGCCUGGCCAAGAGAGUGCCAUUCAGACUGCCUCGCAUCCCUCGGCCACGACACAAGGUCAAAGGUUACCGCUACCUGGAAGAGGACAACUCCGAUGAGUCCGACUCGGAGAGGAGCGAGGAGGACGACAGAGAAGAUGAGAGGAAGGAAGACGACUGUGAUGUAGUGCAAAAUUUGGACGGGGAGGAAAGGGACCAAGAGGGUUGGUAUCAGGGAGCUAACUCACCCAGAGCCAGGAGAAGAGGAGCCGAGGGCCGUGGACAGGACGACGCCCGUGUGAACGAGAGGGACGGAGAGAUAUGAGAAGAGGAGAGGAAGAGUUAAAAUAGCACUGGACGCUCUUUUAUUCAUUAAUAUUUCUGUAAAUUUUUGUUUUUCAGUGGAAAAUAUAAAAAUUAAGAAAAAGCCCCGAUAGUUUAUAGUUUUCUAACUUUGAAGGAAAGCUAUAGGUAACUGCUUAAGUGAAAUUACAAUCAUCAAUAAGAAAAGUACACCAGCUUUAACGGCUAUAUUGUUAUAACACAUCAGCAUAUUCUGGAUAAAACCAAAAAAUUGAGUCCUUUUUCUUUCUAUGUAGACUGGCUAACCAAAUGAUAAGUGCAGAGAGCAUUUCACUUGCUUUUGUGCUUCUUCUUCAUCAGAAUUUGUUGUUUAUUAUUGAAAAAAAAUCUGCAUAGAAAGAGUUGAAAGCAAGCGACAAAAUGAAGGAAUUGAUUUUCUGAGUUUAAUCACAAGGUGAAGCGUGUUUUGAUAGAAAAACAAGCCUGCCUCUUGUAAGCAACAUAAAAAACGCCCAUAUUUGUUGUUUUAAUUCCUUAUAAUUUCAGUAUUUCAUUUAAUAGUGUUUGCACAUUAGUCAGAGAAUCUGGAAUCACACAAGGCAUUGUCAGAAGCUGUCUGCUGUGAGAUGCAGAAGAUGAGCUUGAAUAUAUGUUUGAUGAAGUGCAGCAUUCAGCAUGUGCGUAGUUCAGUCUUUUAUGACUAAUCCCAGUAAGGUAUAGAUUUUAGAAAUCUAAAAUAAUAUUCAGAAACAAACAAACUGAAAGGACUACAGCCACACGAGCUAUAUGCUAACAUUAGCAUGUAGCCCUGCAACAUUACUUGCUCCAUCUUGGUUUGUAGCAGGUGAUACGGUGGGCAUUCCAGACACUAGUUGCACAGUGCAUGUUAAAGCUGAGAGUACAUUAGCAUUGUGUCUGUGAACUCUGCUCUGCUAAUAAUUGCUAGAAGUUGCCGAUUAGCCGAAGACGAUGCUAAGUCCAGAUGAGGUUCAUGCACUCUAAAAUAAAGUGCUACAAAUGCAAACCCACUAAUUCCAUUCUCAAAGGGACAUUAGAUGAAGAAACACUCAUACAUAACUUAGUGUUUUGUACAGGUCAAAACAGUAAAGGGCCAAAUAUGCUUUUUGAACCUGCAUAUACAUACAGUAUCAUUUCAAUAUAGUAUCAAAGGGUCUAACAUAGAAACCUCUUUGCUCAUGCAGUAACUGCUUUUCUGUGCUGAAUGAUUAUUUCUAAUGACGGCUAAACUCCCAAAGAUGUUAAAGUGUAGGCUAUUUAAAAGAUGGAUGUGAGUGCCUUGAAGACAUCCUUUGUUAGUGGAGUCCCCUUUAGAGCCCUGAACUCAAUAUUAUAAUCAUAGGCAUUAUCAUGUUUUUAUGUUUUCUGAAAAAAAAAAGAAAAAAAGAAAUCGUGAUGUAACAAGCAAGAGGUAGAUCUGACAAAGAAACACUAUGGUCGUAAAGUAGGGACUUGACACAAUGUCUCCAUACCCUAAAGCUUACUCAGUCUAUUUUAGUUUAAGUAUUUUUAAAAACAGAUCAUCAUGCUUGAAAGUGUUUGCUGUGGUCACAAAUGGAGUGAGCAUUACAGUCAAUUUCUUUCAAAUGUUAAUAUAUUGGACAAUACUUUGGAGCCAGAGGAGUCACCCUCUGCUGGCCAUAAGAAAGAAUACGAGUUUAAGGCACUGCGGUUCCUCUGGACUGGAAACUUACGUCUAAGUUAAACUGUUAUUCAAUCUAUGGCUGGUUUGCCGUCAUGGCAUGCAGAAACACUUGCUGUAACUUCACCAUCAUAAAUUUCACCUGCAUCAAGUCAGCUAUUUGCCUUGUAAACGUGAGGGAAUUCUGCACAUCACUGUGCAGCCUUUGCUGUGUAUAUAUACCAAAACUUCUUCUUACUGUGCCUCUUUUACUUAAAUGUCUUUUGUUUUACUCUGUUUUUAUGUUUUCCGAGGUAACUUUAGAUUUACUGGACAGCACUCUGUAUUCCCUAACUGCAAGCCUAGGUGUUUUCAUGCAGAAACACCUAGGCUUGCACCUUAUAGAUAUAUAUAUAGAUAGUAAGGUUGGAUGUACUUGAACCACAGCAGCUCUAUUCAUCAAGGUACAGAUUUCUAUUUUAACCAACUGUAGGAGGAAGGAAUGUAAUCAACAUCCUACGGUGGAUGUAUAACAUUUAAUUCAACUUUAUAUGGUAUUGCAAGUGUUUUAGAGGGCUUAGCUGCAUUAUCGCCGUGCUGAUGUUUUUCAGUUUAUGUAAUUUCUGACCCUGAGAAUGUAUUUUGUGCUUUUCUCCAGUAUAAACAUGCAGUUUUAAGUAAAAAGAUGUGCUGAAUCAAA